AUGCUUCCGUCAGAGCUGGAGCUGGGACUAGGCCCCGGCUCCCCCCACCCCAAGGCGGGCCCCGGGCCCGGGGAGUCCGGCUUCCCCAUCCUCCCCGCGGCAGGGCGGAGCCAGCAGAGCCCGGCGGGGACGGGCUGGCCCCAGACACCGCGCGCAAGUCGGGGGCUGAGGGGGAACCGGGGAACCAGGGCCCACCCCCCCGGGCCCCUCACCUCCGCCGCGCGCCCAGCCCGGCUCCCCGCCCGGCCAGCACACGUGGGUAGGAACAAGUACUGGCAGCUCCGCGAGCCGGCCCUGCACCAGCGCGCAGGUCGUAAAGCGCGGCACUUCCGCCCCUCACGGAGCCGGCCGUCGCCGCGAGCCGGGGCACUUCCGCCCCGCGCUGCGCAGGCGGGCUCUGGCUGUUGCCAUGGCAGUGGGGUCGCGGGAGGCCCGGCUGGGCGGGCUCUUCCGCUGGCCGGCGGUGACCGCUCGGACCGGGCCCGGGGGAGCCGGCGCGCGGCCCCCGCCCAGGGUGACCCCUCCUCUCCCAGCCCCGCCGCCCCUGGACUCGGCCGGCUGCCCGCGCUGCGCCUCGUGUGGCCAGCCCGCCCCAGCCCCGCGGGACGGGCUGCUGGCGACUCGGCGGUGGGCCUGGCGCUGGCCGAGCUGGCGGCGGCGGCGCUGCUGCUGUGGCCGGGGACCGCUGACCGGGAAGCCCCGGACCAGCGCACCCUAUGGACAAGGACAAACCGUCUCUGCAUCGGUCGCUCGGCUGAACUGCCCCUACUGGGGGGACCUCUCUGGGCACAGACAGAAGUGGGCUGUCCCACUUAUUUUGUAUCUCUUGGGGCCCAGGCAUCUCGUUCAGGCUGCACCCAUCUCGGAGAAAACACUGGGGGCCAGAAGGCCCCGUCCGGCUUGGAGAACUGGCUAAAAGCAAGAUGCUAAUGGAGUCCAAAUUGUGUCAACUGAAUUUCCAGUGACCUAAAUCAAUGCUCUGUGAGCCUCUCCCGCUGAGAUGAGAUUUCUGCUUUCACGGGGUGCACAUAGCAACCAGCCUGGGUAGGGCUGUAGCAGAGGGCGGUCACUUUAACAGGGUGCCAAACCUAGGGUGACCAGAUGUCCCGAUUUUAUAGGGACAGUCCCAAUAUCUGGAGCUUUGUCUUAUACAGGCACCUAUUACUGCCCCACCCUCUGUCCUGAUUUUUCACACUUGCUGUCUGGUCACCCUAGUCAAACCUUUCUUUUGUAAAAACCUCAUACAUGUCAAUGAACAAACAUGGUUUGUAAGCUUUGGGUACUAUUUAAAUUUUUCAUGGAAAAUGGGUUGAUACAUUGAAAAGAAUAAAGAGUUCCAAAAUGA